GGGAGGGGAAAUGAACGAAUUCCUGUGCCCCACAAAUAACCCAGAGGUGCAUUUUAAAUAAAAGGACACAUUCUACUCAUGUAGCAACACGCUGAUUCCCGGACCGUCCGCGGGCCGGAUUGAGAAGGCGAUUGGGCCGCAUCCGGCCCACGGGCCUUAGUUUGCCUACCCAUGAUCUAAAGGGCAGGUCUGUCGUUUUUUCUGAAAACCCACAUAAGAUUUUGGGAUUUCCCCAGAAAGGGGAUGAAGUCUUCUGAGGCACAGGAAGCAGUGAGUGCAGGCCCUGCAGGAAAGGAUGCUGGAAGAUGGAGAAAGGGUGGGGGCGCUCAACCCAAACGCCGUAGAAAUCUCCUGACUGUAAGACUUGCAACCCGAUCUUGAACCUUAGACCCUCUUCACAAAUGGGCGCUCCUAGAGGCAGGCAAAGAGGGCGGUGCAGUUUUUGAAACCGGUGUGCCAGCCUGCGCCGCGUGGCUGACCCUUGCUCCUCCAGGAUUGGCGCAGCCCCUUGAGGAAACUCUGGCUGGCACAGGGCGAGGUUAAGAGGCAACUUCCUCCGCCCCUGAAUAAUCUCUGGGGGGAAGGGCCUUAGGUCAGUGACAGAGAACCUGCCUAUCAUGCAGAAGGUUGCAGGUCCAGCUGCCAAGGGCAUCUAUAGGUAGUGCUGGGGAAAUUGCCAGAGUCUUCUUGUCUGGGGAGCCCAGGCCCUCCAGGCACACUGACCAGGCUUGCCCUCCAGGGAGGUCACUUCGAUGCUGAAAAUCCAUUUGACCUCAGCUAUGUAGGCACACUCCAUUGUCUCGAGACAAGCGGGUGCCAAUAAUCUGAAACCCUGGGGACAGUUAGGAACUUGGAUAUAUCAGCAAGGGGCCAAAUAACUCCUUAAACCGAGGUUGCAGUCGCCAAAACAGAAUGUCUAGUUGCCAUUCUGGGGCAAGAUGGCUCCAAAGUCUUAUUUUCCAAAUGAUGGGCUGACAGUGAUUGAUUCUCAGUUAAACAUCUGGCUAGUUAGAUGACAACCUUGAGAUCAGUUAAGAGCUUUGAGAACGUGAAGAAGAAAAGUCACUUUGUCCAGGCAAAGUCUGCAUAUAUACCGGCCUAUUCCCAAGUUUCUUAAUGGUGACCUGGAAAAUUCAUAACGUAAGAAUAUUCUUCACAACUGAGUGGGCAGUGGGGUCAGGGAAGACAGCCUACAACGCUGUUCACUGCUGCUGUUCAGGAUGCACACAAAAAGCCUUUUGGUUCCUGAAAUUCAUUCCCUAUUGUGCAGAUAAAAUCUAACAGAAUUCUACAGGGUGGGGUAUUUGUGCAUGAAAACAGUCCAGGUUCAAUGAUCCCCCAGAUGGUGGAGGUGUCAGGUGUCAUCCUGGCACCCAAGCAUCUUCACCUGGUUGCAAGUGGUCGCAAGUCCAGUGCAAAAUGCGCCUGUUGCUGGACUAGAUGAUCCUUGGGGGUCCCUUCCAACUCUACGAUUCUAGACUCUCCCCAGCAACUGGUAUGCAGUGGUAUAUUGCUUCCAACCCAGGAGGUGGAAGAUGGCCGUCGUGGCUAGUAGGCCAUCGACUCCUUUUCCUCCAGGAACUUUCCCAGUCCUAGAACCACAGAAUCGCAGAACUGGAAUGGACCCUGAGGAUCAUCUAUUCCAACCCACUUCAGUGUAGGAAUCUCAGUAUAUAUGAGAGAAGGCCAUGCUUAAAAACCUCCAAGGAAGGGGAGCCUACCACCUCUCGAGAGACACCGUUCGAACAGCUCUUCCUGUCAAAAAGUUUUUCCUGGUGUUCGGCUGGGAUCUCCUUUCUAGUCACUUGAAGCCAUUCAUUUUGGUGUCUGUUGGUGACUCCUGCAGCAGGGAGAUCCGCAGGUGAGCUUUCUCUUGUUCUGCCCCGACUCUCCCAACAUUCAGCUUUGUGGGAUGGCCGCCCAGAGGGGGCGGGGGAGAUUUGUUCUCCGUCCGCUUUCUCCAGGUCACGCGCAACAUUACAAGCUUUGAUAAUGCAGCCUCUUCCAAAGUACAACAUCUGUGCGUGCUUUGCCACGUGGGGCUCCCAGCGACCAGCUUGCCCAAUGGUCAGGGCUGGUGAUAAUAGGAGCCCCAAAAAAGGACAUGUGGACAGGACCACCUUAGGAGAGGCAAAUGUUUUAAAAAAGCUGUGUCGCCCUUUUAAAAGGUGGGUCCCUGGGUCUUGUGCAAGGCAGUCUCUCCUUUGACCUUUGGACUGCCAAAUAUUUCCCUUUUGCCUAUGGGGUGGGCAGUGUGGGAAAGCGGCUGGCCAGGCGUCGCCGGAGCUGCGAGAGGAACGCCUGUGUGUCAAGCUGGCCGGCCGGCUGCUUAACCCUCCAACUUGCUUCCCAGUGCGUUACCACGACCUUGCACUCCCAGUUGGCUGAGCCGCGUGGCCUUUUUUUUUCUCACCAUGAAACCGCAUCCACUCUUUUUGACCGUCUCCUUGUUCCUCUUCGCCUUCCCCUUCUACAUGAUGAACGGCCUGGCCGUCCUGGACAAUCCCUCAGCCAUCGCAGUGACCGCCUUCGGGAUCCUCUUAUUCCUGGUUUACUUCGCAAGUUACUCUGAGGAUGCCCUCUUCUAUGUGUUCGUGGUACUUUCCUUCCUGUCGGGAAUCAGCGCCGUCAUUGUUCUGGAAGAAGAUGGCUACAUAAGCAACUUCCUGGAAGUCUACAUGAGACAGGGUGAGCCAUACCUAACCACAGCUCACGGUAUGAUGAACUGCUAUUGGGCUGCCACCACCCACUUCGCCCUCCAGCUGGCGAUGAUUGCAGCCAUCACUCAAAGGAAGAGUUACCGGAACCUUGGUUUCUACUGGGUCGGAUCCCUCACGAUGAACUUUGUCGUCUACCUGUUGGGGAAUGUGGUUGGGAAAUACGGUUCUGAGAUCCGUCCGGACUUCUUCCUCCUCAACAUCCCUUUGCUCCUCACCCUCAUCUGGGUUGCCUCCAGGAUCUUUGCCCAGCCCAAGACGUUGCCCCUCGAGACGGCCGAUAAGGUUUUGGAAGAGCAGCACAAAAGCCUCUUGCAGCGCCCGCUGGACUUGGUCCUUGUGGGCUUCCUCCUUUUCGACAUCAGCUUCACUCUGUUCCGGGGACUGGUCGUUCUGGACUGCAAGGCGGACGUCUGCUUUGACUACAUCAACCAGCAGGAGCCGUACCUGCGCGACCCCGUGGCUUAUCCCAAAAUCCAGAUGUUCCCUGCGAGGGCUGUGUCCGGCACCUGCCUCCACCUGGCCAUCUUCAUCCUCUGCUUCCAGCUCGCGGCCCCUCAAAAAGGACGGAAGAAAGUUGUGCAUGUCUCAGAGGAUGACAGUGGUGCCGUCGUGGUGCAGACAGCGCCGGGGAAGGUGGUCACCCAUCGGGGCGGCACCAUCAUCCUGCCCUGUCGCUUCCACUACGAUGUCUGCCACGACCCUGACGAGAUCCGCCUGAAGUGGACCAAGCUGGUGGAGCCCAUGGCCUUUGAGGAUGUCUUUGUGGCGAUGGGCGUGGAGCGCAGGGCUUUCGGGAGCUACAGGGGCCGCACGGCGCUGCAGGAGGACGGCUGGGACGCCUCCCUCAUCAUCCGGAACGUGACCCUCCAGGACUACGGGCGCUACGAAUGUGAGGUGACCAAUGAGCUGGAGGACGAUGCAGGGGUGGUGAACCUGGACUUGGAAGGGGUGAUCUUCCCUUACCAUCCCCGCCUGGGGCGCUACAGCCUGAACUUCCACGACGCCCAGCAGGCGUGCCUGGAGCAGGAUGGGAUCCUGGCUUCCUACGACCAGCUCCACGAAGCCUGGCUUGAGGGAAUGGAUUGGUGCAACGCUGGCUGGCUGCAGGACGGCUCAGUACAGUACCCCAUCUCCAAGCCGCGGGACGAGUGUGGGCGGAAGGAGACCCCCGUCGGGGUGCGCAAUUACGGCUACCGCCACAAAGACGACGAGCGUUACGACGCCUUCUGCUUCACUUCGAAUCUGAACGGCAAAGUCUACUUCCUCAAGACCUACCGCAAGCUGAGCUUCCCGGAAGCCGUCCAGGCGUGCAAGAAGAACGGAGGCACCGUGGCCAAAGUCGGCCAGCUCUACGCUGCCUGGAAGAUCCAGCUCUUGGACAAGUGUGAGGCUGGGUGGGUGGGCGACGGCAGCAUCCGCUACCCCAUCGUCAACCCGAGAACCCGCUGCGGGGGCCACGAGCCUGGCGUCCGCAACCUGGGCUUCCCCGACAAGAAAUACAAGCUCUUUGGCGUCUAUUGCUACAGAAGUGCUAGCAGUGGGGGGUCCAAGAAGGCUGCUAAGGAGGGAGCAGGCAAGUGGAAACCUUUGCAGGUAUAA